AUGAUACUAGGACAUAAAGAUAUGUUAAUCAUAUAUAGUAUAAUACUCCUUCAAAGUCAAAGUUCCACCAACCAAAGCAGAGAGAACAUGGAGACUGAUCUCUCAAGAGUUACUCUCCGACCGUUCUCUCUAACGGAUGCUCACGAUUUCCUGAGAUGGGCCAGCGAUGUUCGAGUGACCGGGAAUCUUCGUUGGCAGACUUUUACGUCCGAAGAGGAAGCUUUGGUCUUCAUACGAGACGUAUGCUUGCCACAUCCAUGGAGGCGUUCCAUCUGCAUCGAUGACCGUUCGAUCGGAUUCAUCUCAGUCUUCCCUGAAACUGGCGAUGAUAGAUUCAAAGCGCAUAUUGGGUAUGGAUUAUCUCAUGAGUAUUGGGGAAAGGGAAUAGCAACAAGAGCAGUGUCAAUUGCAGUACCGCAAGUGUUUAAUGACUUGCCUCAUGUUUUGAGGCUUCAAGCUUUUGUGCAAACUCAAAACAAAGCAUCCCAAAGAGUUCUCGAGAAGGUUGGGUUUCAGAGAGAAGGUUUGCUAAGGAAGUACAGUUAUGUCAAAGGUGAAAUCCAUGAUGUGUUUGUUUAUAGUCUCUUGUCCUCUGAUCUACUUCCUCUUCCAUAAUCCUCAAGUAUUAUGGAUUGAGAUUAUAUGUAGUCGUUAUAAAACUAAUAAUGUUGUAAUUCAAUAUAUAUUUGAAAAAACGAAUAUGGUUUGAGUGAUAA